CCUGGAGCUGAAAGGAACAUAAUGGUUUUGUUUCAGCUGUGGGGGACGAGGAUUUAAUCAGGAAAUCUGCAAAUAACUGUUGAUUUUAUUUUGCGCUACCUGCAAAAUGGUCUUUUUGACAUCAGUGUUGCUGUCGCUGUUGCUCUCGAUGCACAUCGCUGCGCACGCUUUAGCGGAGAUCUGUCGGGGAACGCACUGCUUUGGCGGAGAAUCUGGCGAUCCAAGACCGUGCACAGGAGCCCACUGUCCCGGGAGCAGAUCUUCCAGACUCCCCCAGCAGUUCAACGCACCAACUCAAGGGAGAGCUGGAAACGCAGGGGUCAACCAGCACCAUGCAUACCCGGGCCUUCAGAGAGCGCCUCUGGAGACCGACCGGUCCGUCCCGCAGAUGCGCGGGCGGCACGGUGACGGCGGCGCGCAGGUCGGAUGCACCGAUGCGGACUGCACCGUGAGGCAGUUCCAGCAGCCCAGGAAUCGUACCGGAGAGUGCAGAGGGAUCGAGUGCAGGUUGCCGCUGAGGAUACGACCCAAACCUCGGGGGAGGUCCUGUGAGGGAGAGGGAUGUCCGGCUGCGGAGGAGAUGUCCCCGGUCUACCUGCCCGACAGAGCCGCGCAGUUUCUGGGAGACUUUCCGGAGUUUGGACACACAGCUUCAGAGCUUGGCGGGGCCUCUUUAGGAGUCCAGCUCACAUGUGACAUAAAGCCAGGGGAGAAUGAAGUACCUUCAGAAGAUGCCCUUAUCCUGCACCUCCAGCUGGCCAAGGGGCAGGAGAAGCUGGUGGAAGCCCUGCGAGCCCAGCAGCUGAUAAUCCGUGACCUGCAGCAGAAGCUUGUUGACCAACAGGACGCACUCCUCUUGCAGCAGCGUGAGGUCUUGCAGCAGCAGCGACAUAUGUACGAGCAGAUGGAUGCAGUUAAAAACCAGUUCGGCCAACUCCUAGAGACGGUCAAGCAGGUCUCUUUCCAAGGCCUGCAGGGAGAGCUGCAGAACUACUUCGAGAGUCACUUGGCGGGACUGCAGAGCCAGGCUCGCACACAUCUGCAAAAAUCCUACGCUGUGCAUAAAAUGGACAUUGACUCUAAGGUGAUGGAUGUUGUCGGAGAGACUCAGUUUCCACAGCCGUUGCGUGGAUGCCCUUCGCCCUGUGGAUCAGAGGAGUUCUGUGAUUUCCAGAGGGAUCCACCUCAGUGUGAGAAAUGCACCAUGUGUCCGCCGGGCUUCUUCCUCAUCUCACAGUGCUCCUCAACUGCAGACAGAAUGUGCCAGGACAGAGACGAAUGUCUUGAACUACCACACAUUUGUGGAGAGCGGGUGAAGUGUCUCAAUACUCCUGGUGGAUUCAGGUGUCUGGGGGUUUCGGAGAGAGAAGCAGUGACUGGCCUCUGUGGUCAUGAAUACUUCUACAACCAGGAGCUCCUGGAGUGCCAGGCCUGCUCAGAUUGCGAUGGAGUGCCUUUGGUCGUCCCCUGCACAGCUGUCAGCGACACAGUCUGUGGUCAGAUUUCAGAGAACCGACUUUCCCAGUUCUGGGUGUCAAAGGUGGCUCUUCCUUCUGCUGGUACAUCUGACGCCCACAUCUUUCCUGGUCUGCAGCUGAACAUACGAGGGAAGGGAAGUAGUGAUCUUCUGUCCAAUGAGGCUGGAAAGGUAACCUUUCUGCAGCAUGGUCUAGUGUGGUUGGAUUAUAACUUUGCUAUAAAGCACAGCUGCAGGAACUUCCUCCAGGUCGGGAUGAGGCUCAACAGGAGCCAGGAGGAAGAGGGUCAGGACCUCAGCGGUGUCCGCAUCGAACAACCAGAUGGGAAGUACUUCCAGGGGGUAAGUGUCAGUAUAGGUGUGGAGGUGGAGCCCAACCACAUCUUCACUCUGCUGCUGAAAAGUCCCAAUCAACACUGCAAUCAGAGCAAGGACCUUCAUGUCUUUGAUGUUCCCACACCUUCUCUGAGUCUCCUCUGGUUGUCUCAUGAUACGGGUGCUGUUGCUAUGACAGCCCAAAUGUCCCUGCUGGCACACUACCAGACCAGCUACCGGCCUACUUUCCGCAUCACAACGGUGUCCGACCCCUACAUGGUCAGCCUCACUCAUGACAGCCGUGGGGUGCGCUUCAUAGAGAGGGGAGUUGUGAAGUUUGUCAUUCAGCAGGCGCUUUACUCCAUGGGUCACACCUGCAUUCGAGAAGGUUUCUCCCUGAUUGCCUACACCACCCGGAACACCACCGGACUGAAGACGAUGCAAGCCUUCAAGACGGGUGUGAACUAUAGGGACACCUCCAUCACCCUUUCUGGUGCAGUGAUGGUAGAAAGCAAAGACAUGCUCACUUUCGAGAUCACGUCUCCGUCUCAAUGCAACAUUCGGUACUUUGGGGACAGCACUGGGAUCAGUAUCCUGAGUCUGAUCUGGAUUCCUUCAGCUGUGUCGUCAGCCUUGACGGCCACAGUUUCGCGGACUGGUCUUCCCUCUGGAGCCGUCAGGAAUAAACCACUGCUGUUCCAGCAGCUCAGCCCAGACAUACCACAAGUUCACCUGGCCCACUCCGGGGAUUCAAACGCCCGAAAAAACUUCAUCUUUCAUGAGACGGGGACGGCAAACAUCGCCCUCAACCUCAAACUGAUCCAUUCAUGUAAUAUAGUCAAACUGACUCUGCAGCGGGUCGGAGGGCAGGGCCAGCAGGCCGGUCCUGUGGCUCAGCAGGUGUCCGGAUCAAUGCCCGAAGGCAGCGAGUGGACUAGCAUCGGACUGAGAGCCUCUUUUCAGGUCCAGAAUGGCACAUCUGUUUAUGUUACUCUGGAUUGUGUCAGAGGACGUGUAAACCAAAUAACACAUGAGGGUGGCACGAACGUUUCAAUUCUCUGGGUUGCACUGUGAUCCAAGAGGAUCAGGGAUCGUUUUCAGGUAAUUUUGUAAAAACUCAGUCUGUGUUUUCACUAUAACUGAAUCAUGGAGCAUAUUCUCGUUUACCAGAGUACACAUCUUGAUUGCGUUUUUGUUCUGAAUUAAUUUUUCUUCACUUGUUCAAACAUUUGCUUUUGGGGGUUUUGUUCAAGUGCUGCUUUCUCCUGAACUGCUACACCUGGUUGAACACAGACCAACAGAAAAUCUUUCCGAGUAUCUGAAUAUGUGUCAGACUGUGUGCAUGCAGUGGUGCUUGAAUAUAUGUCAGUAUGCACACAUUGACGCCAUUUUUUAUAUUGCUGUAUGGAUCGUAUCAUUUUAAUAUAUUUUUUUUUUAUUCCACAAUAUAUUUAUUUAUCUUGGGCAUGUAUGACUUUAUACAAUCAGGUCUUUAAAGCAAAAGUGGACUUACAUUAUGAAACAAGAUCACCAGUUCUACUCUACAGCUAGUUAGUUUACUUCAGCAAAUCAGUUCAUUAUGACCAAUAGUUCUGACUGUCUAGUUUUUCUUUCAAGUAAAUACAAGCUGCAUUUUGCAAAAAUGAUUUCUUUUAUUAUUAGGAAAACAAGCAAUCCAAACAAACCUGGCUGUAUGUCAAAAAAGAAAGGUUAAAAACUACCUGUGCCGUCAUUUGUGGCAAACAUUUUAAGUAUUUACAAGUAUUUGCAAUAACUGACAACACAUAUUUUACAUCUGAUGAUUUUUGGCCUACUCUUCUUUCCAAAACCAUUUUAAUUGAGCCACAUCGGAAGCUUUUUAAAGUCCUGUUACAGCAUCUUAAUUGAAUUUCAAUCUGGACUUUGCCUGAGUUGUUUUAGUCAUUCAGAAGUAGACAGAUCAUUGUCCUAAGUGUGCUUAAGCUUAAGGUCACAAACUGAAAGCCAGAUAUUUUCCUUUAGGAUUUUCUGCUGGAGCAGAAUUUAUGGUUCCAUCAAUCACAACAAGUUCUGAUAAAACGUAGCAUCCCCAAACCAUCGUUCUGCCCCCACCAUAGUUGAGUGUCAGUACGAUGUUUUCUUUUUAGAAAUACUGUGUUAGAUGUGACUUGAUGCGCACAUGAUGCAUUCUCAUUCCCUUGCAUAUUUUCUUAAGUGUACCAACUUGGGGAUAAUCAAGAUGUUUUUGGCAAAUGUUGAGAAGAGCCUUUGUGGCAUGUGUGUUGCUUUUUGAGAUCUUUUAGCCUACCUCGUGUUGCCAGGCAGGUUCCAUUUAAGUGAUUUAUUGAUUCUGGCAGUAAUCAGGCCUGGGUGUGGCCAGUCAAACUUAACCCAAAAAAUUAAAUGAAUUAUUUAAGAAGUGUUAGGUUUGUUUGCCUAACAUGUUCCCUUAAUAAAUGAAAUCAUUAUUUGAAAAUUCCAUUUUGUACAAACUUAGGUUAUCUUUUUCUGAUACAAAAAAUUAGUUUGAUGAUCGUGAAACAAUCUAAAACGAGAAAUCUGUAAGGAGGCAAAUACAUUUUCACAGCACAGGAUAUCAUUAUUGUUUGAAAAAGAUUAAAUAAAAAAAUACAUUUUGUUUUCAUUAAAUUAGGUUAACGUCAUGCAAGAUAUAAGCGGGAACAAACCUGAAUAACAUCUCCCAAUAUAAAAGUACAAAACAAAUAGGCUCUUAGCGUCUCACCUGUCUGAUUUUACAGUGUUUGUAAACUAUAUGAUGCUUGUUUAGCAGCUUGUUAUUUAGUGUCCUGUGGUGUCGGCUGAUGUGUUUCAUAGUGAACUAGUAUGCAAAAACGACGCUUGAUAUGAAGGAGUUAGAAGAAAUACACAAACAACUUGCCAUAAGCACACUUUCACAACACUCCCUCUCGCACCCACACCUAUAGAGGUUAAUUUAGAUUCACCAAAGUACCUAAAAUGGUAAUUUUUGGUCUGUGGGAGCCAGGAGCUUCUCACUGACCAACCAUAUUACCCUUAUUCUACUAUCCAGAAAUAGAUUUUGUUUUGUUUUACAAGCUUGUAAGCUGAGAGUUUGGUGACCUUUAUAUAUUUUCUGCAGUUUAUGAUUUCACCAGCAGAUGUCAGAGAAUAAACCUGUACUCAGAAAAAAAACUUUAUAAACUAUAUAAAUGUCUGAAAGUUUUAGUUUGGCAACCAGGAAAAUAUUUAUAUUGCAUCAAUUUAACUUGCACUGCACACGUAGUGCCAACUGAUGAGCUGUUAUGUCACCUACGAUAAUGAUCUGUGGGGAAGGAUUAGGGCUACACAAUACAUCAUACAUUUAUCGUUAUCGAAAUAUCACUGUACACAAGAUGCAUAUCACGACGAACUGCCUGGACUGCAAUGUUUUGGCUACUUUCUUAAAUACCAUGUAUAAAAGCUUUGUAUCCUUGUAAUGUAUUUGGUAAAACUUAAUACACGCAUAAAAGGAUUUAGGUUGGUAAGUAUAGAGGUGGUAAGGUGGUCAAGUUCUUACAAAACUCAUUCUAACUUGUUUCAUUGUCAUAACAGCAGAAUUUGGCCAGGUGAAAAUGUUUUCAAUAAAACCUUGUUGUUGAGAUGAAAACAAUGAAUUUAAGGUUUUUCCAGUAGCUGGAUAGACUGGUCAUUAUGUGGGGUUUAUGUUUUCCAUGAGCCCAUAGCAGAAUACCUCAACAUUCAUAUUUACAUAUCUCAUGUUUUCCUAACAUCCUACAGCCUUAGUAACAAUAGAAAAAUAUUGCAAAGAGAAGAAACUGAAGAAGGACCUCUCCAGAGGGUGAACAGGCUCAUAUAGGAACAUUGUAAAGAUUUUUGGGAGAAUUACAUGAUUUAUUCAUAUAAAAAAUAUGGUGGUUUAAGCAUCUGGUAAAGAAGCCUUUUCUUCAUCUCUCUGAGGUGUUUUCAGCAUUUCAGCUGGUGAGACUAUGUCUCCUGGCUGGCUUGUGUACAGUUUCCCUUUCUCUAAGGCUACCCAAGUAGUCUGAUCCCAAAGAAGUUGUACAAGAUUGACAGAGGGUUGCACACUUGAAGCAAACGUUUCAUGCUGAGUUUUUCUUAUCAUCCUAAACUGUUAGCUACUGAAACCACUCCUAUGUUGCUCAGAGGUAGGUUUGUUGAAGAAGUCUGUUUCAGUAAGGCAACAAAGUGUUCAUGCAGGAAUAUUGAUGCUUUUGAAAUGUAUUCAACAAAGCAGGACUUUAAUAUUUUGCAACACAAUAAAAAUGUAAAGUUCUUGUUAAAACAGAUUCUAGAGGUUAAAUAAUGUCAAACAUGCAGCUAUAGCUUCUGUAUCAGGUAUAUUUAUGCACAUAUAGUAUUAAGGAUAAUGCACACAUCUGUCUUUGCUAUUCUUUUUGUGAAAGAAAGUUUCUCAGUAAAGAACUGUUCAUACAUAAUGUU